UCACUAGUCCAUGAAGCUCUUGCCGUCAAAUGAGUCUUUGUGUAUAAAGGAUCUACUAUUAUUCGACGUUUUGGAUGUAAAGGGAAUAACCUCAGCCUGUAAGGUGUCUCUGUGGAUGUUUGUGGCAAAUGUGGAUGUAUGGUGGGGCGUCUUGGGGAUUUAACCGUGGAGGAUAUCUGUGGCAGCGCUUUCUUUUGUCUCCGGUGGUCUUCUGUCGGAGCUCUCUGCUCCACGGCGUCAUGGUGCUUCUCUUUGGAUUGUAAAUACAGUAUUUCCGAGAUUGUAAACUGUGGACCAAGAGACCAUCAUGUGUGCUUCAGUCAGCAUCCAUGUAGUGGUGAGCCUUUUAUUAUUUUUGGUAAUCAAUCCAGUUCAUCCUGUUUCAGGGCAGAUUUCAUAUAGUGUAUCGGAGGAAGUGACUGUGGGUACUACUGUUGGAAAUAUCGCCAAGGAUAUUAGUUUGUCGGUGAAGGAGCUUGUCUCUCGGGGCUUUCGGAUCGUGUCUAGCUCUAAGAAACAGUAUUUCACUGUUAAUACCGAGACCGGAGCACUGCAGGUGAACGAGCGCAUCGAUAGAGAGGAGCUGUGUGCGGGCGCGGCCUCGUGCACCGUUAACCUCGAGGCAGUGGUGAACAGCCCUCUGCAACUGUACAGGGUAACAAUUAAUAUUUUAGACAUUAACGACAACUCUCCCGCCUUUCCAGUGUCUUCUACACAUUUAAACAUUACUGAAAUAACUGCGCCAGGUGCGAGAUUUCCUUUAGAGAAUGCACAGGACGCAGAUAUUGGGAGUAAUUCACUGAAAACUUACAAACUUAACCCGAACGAAUAUUUUACUUUAGAUGUACAAACGCACAGUGAUAAAACUGUGUCAGCUGAGCUGGUUCUGCAAAAAGGGCUAGACAGGGAGAAGACCCCUCGUUUUGAUUUGUUAGUGACAGCUGUUGAUGGCGGGUCACCUGCCAGGACCGGCACUUUGACAAUCACUGUAAACGUUUUAGAUAUAAAUGACAACGCACCUGUGUUUACGAAGUCACUGUACAAAGUCUCAAUACCAGAGCACACAGCUGUAGGAACAGUUAUAACACAACUGCAGGCCACAGACGCAGACGAAGGUUUGAAUAAAGAUGUGGUGUAUUCAUUCAGUAGCAGCACGCCUAAAAAUGUUAUGGAAACAUUUGAAAUAGACGCACGAACAGGCGAGGUUAGAGUAAAGGGCAAUAUCGACUUUGAAGAGAGCCAGGCUUUUGAGAUUCGAAUUCAGGCCACAGACAAAGGUCAGAUACCCAUGUCGGGUCACAGUAAACUGUUAGUGGCAGUUGAAGAUAUAAACGACAACCCUCCUGAAGUUGUCGUGACGUCAUUGCUCAGCCCCGUGGAUGAGAGUGCAGGGAAAGGCACGGUGGUUGCGCUCAUGACUAUAUCAGAUCCAGACUCGGGCAAAAAUGGGGCUGUUCACUGUAGUCUUUUGGGCUCCAGUCCUUUUAAAUUACAGUCAUCAUUCCAAAACUAUUACUCAUUGCUCCUAGAUGGUGGAUUAGACCGGGAAAACAUUUCUGAGUACAACGUGACUGUACUUGCAGAAGACGAGGGCUCUCCACCCAUGUCUAUUCAAAAGCUAAUAACUAUUGCAGUCGCUGACGUGAAUGAUAACCCACCCCGAUUCGAAAGCCCUGAAAAACAAGCCUACUUGAAAGAAAACAGCGAAGUUGGUUCUUUGGUGUGUACACUCACUGCCUUAGACCGAGACGCAGGAGAAAAUGCGCAUGUGUCUUACUCCAUAGCACAACGUGUCGUGAACGACGUGCCCGUCUCGUCCCUGUUUAAAAUAAACCCACUGACAGGUGAGGUGCAUAGCAUGCGGCCCUUCAACUUUGAAGAGAGUAAGACUUUUCAAUUUAAAGUUCAAGCUACCGAUGCAGGUGUCCCCCCGCUUAGUAGCAACAUUACAGUGAAUGUUUUUAUCCUGGACGAAAAUGAUAACUCGCCUGUUCUUCUUCCUCCCUAUUCUGAGCACGGUUCAGUAAACACCGAAAACAUUCCUUACACAGCCGAAGCUGGAUACUUUGUGGCCAAAGUCAGGGCUCUGGACGCGGACUCUGGAUAUAACGCGUUACUGUCUUACCACAUAUCUGAACCCAAAGGAAAUAACCUAUUUAGAAUAGGAACGAGUAAUGGCGAAAUCAGGACUAAACGCAGAAUGAGUGACAGUGAUUUGAAAACUCACCCGUUGGUUGUCGUGGUAUCGGAUAGUGGCGAGCCUUCUUUGUCAGCGACAGUGUCAAUAGAUGUGGUGGUUGUAGAAAACUUGGGAGAUGUUCAGACUCAAUUCAGACACGUCCCUGUGAAGGAGGAUACCUUCACUGACCUCAAUUUUUAUUUGCUCAUCGCAAUUAUUGGCGUAUCAGUCGUCUUUCUACUGAGUCUGAUCAGCUUGAUAGCUGUUAAAUGCCACAGGACAGACAGCAGUCUCAGUGGCUACAACCCCCCAAUGAUCACCACACAUCCUGAUGGAACCUGGUCUUACUCCAAAUCUACUCAGCAGUAUGACGUCUGCUUUAGCUCAGACACACUGAAGAGUGACAUGGUAGUCUUCCCUGCGCCAUUUCCUCCCGCGGAUGCUGAACUUAUCAGCAUAAAUGGAGGAGAUAUGUACCAGCGCACCCAAACACUCCCCAACAAAGAGAAGUUUGAUAGUGGUAGCCUACCUGUACCGCAUGAAAUGAUGCACCUGGUGUCGCUGCAGACCGAUGAUCUGUUUUGUCCCGGCUCCUCCGCCUAUCACAGCUCCUCCUCGAUCUGA